GCCCCUCCCCCACCUUUUAGGUACCUACCGACCCGGCAGGUGGUAUCGCGGAAGCUUGUCGAUGAGCCUACGACCUGACUGGAUUCUUCUUGUUUCAUUCGUUGUUACCUUUUUAAACUUCUACAACCCAGAUAAACACCAUGGCCCAGAUCGCACAACCGGUUGUUGUGUCUCUCAACGACCUUAAGGAGGGCAACAUCCCCUUCGCGACUCUGAAAGAGGCCUUUGGACCCGAAUCUCUGGGCAUCCUAGUGGUCAAAGAUGUACCGCCAGAAUUCACUCAUUCAAGGCACCAGACCUUAUCUUACGCAUCUUACUUGGGCAACCUCCCUGAGGAAGAGCUGGUCAAGCUGGAGAAUGAAAAGGCCAAAUACCUGACGGGCUGGUCCCUGGGUAAAGAAACGCUCAAGAAUGGCCAGGUUGACACAUUCAAGGGUUCAUACUAUGCCAACUGCGCAUUCUAUGUUGAUGCAACUCUCGACUGUGCUAAGCCGACGGCCGAGUUUAACCAGAACAACUUUCCCGAGUACCUCUCGCCUAAUAUUUGGCCUUCACAAGACGUCCUUCCGGGGUUCAAGCCAAGUGUGGAGAGUCUUUGCCGAGUCAUCAUUGAUGCGGCCGUCUUAGUAGCCCGAGCAUGCGACAGGUUUGCCGAGUCCGAGAUCCCAGGAUAUACCAAAGGGUACCUUGAGCACGUUGUCAGUACAUCGAACACGACCAAAGCGCGCCUCCUGCACUACUAUCCACAGACGAAAGAAGCUCUUUCCAAGAUUGGUGCAGCCGACGAUGACUGGUGCUCGAGACACAAAGAUCAUGGAUGUCUGACUGGCCUAACGUCUGCCAUGUUCAUCGACGAGAAGGAAACUUCUACCGCGGUACCUGAAGUCACGAAUAACACUUCAGCAAGCCUACCACCACUGUCAGAGCUGGCCGCGUCUCCUGAUCCGUCGGCAGGGUUGUACAUCGAAUCGCGGAGCGGAGAGACGGUACAGGUCAAGAUACCGCGGGACUGCAUCGCUUUCCAGACUGGCGAAGCUCUAGAGCGCAUCACGGGCGGUAAGUUCAAGGCAGUACCACACUUCGUAAGGGGAGUCAGGGCAGCGGUGAGCGACGGACGCGUCGCACGCAACACGUUGGCCGUCUUUACUCAGCCGAACCUCGGCGAGGAGGUGGACAAUGAGCAGCACAUAACGUUUGGCGAGUUUGCGCGGGGCAUCGUGGCCAAGAAUACUGUAUCAUAAGAGUCGUUCCGCUGAUGAGAGUAUAAACGAAGCGUGUCAAAGAUCAAAGUCGGCUUGUUGAUUGCUCCGGUGCAUGUGACUAGUAGUCAAGUGAGGCCG